AUGAUGUGGUGUGAUGUGGCGAGGUUUGGUGGUGAGGGGUGGAGUGCGCGGCGCAGGUCGGGCAUGGACGGUGCUUUCCGCCAAUCUGGCUGGAGGGGUGUGCCAAGCUUGGAGAGGCACAACUCCCUCCAAUGCCCACGAUUACUACCAUACUCAGCGGCCUUUCAGUGCUGCUCUGCAACAGAAAUCGUACAGUGCUUCCUCUCUGCCCGUCCAUGUAACUCUCACUGUCAUGCGACAUGGCCAAAAAUAUACAGCGAGCAACACCAGGUCGCCCAUGUUGUCAUGAACCCCCAGAGCCAUGGUACAAUUCCCCACUACAGCCACCCUCAGUCCUCCAUGAGGAUGAGGGGCGCGAGCUUGGCCGGGUCCUCCCGCACAUGCGACGCGGUGCGCGACUGGGCGCCCGCCCCCUCCCCCGCCGCUGGCUUCUGA